ACACAGGAGGCUGCCUUCUCCUCUGAGUCAUGAAGUUCUGGGGGUUAGGGCAAGAUCUGUCAAGCUCAAGUUCCAAGCUGGAAGGGCCAUGCCAACUAGGCUAUUAGCAGGAGCUGUGUCCAUGUAUAAUAGACUCAUUUCCAAAGCUGGUGCUUGCCUUACUAGGGGACAAUCCCAAUUACAUGAAAGUUCUGGAGAAAUCAGAGGGUCCUCACCACCCCUUGAACACAAAGCUGGUUCACAGGAUGCAGAGACCACAGGCAUCAGCAGCCUUGCAGCCUGGGGCUGACCUGUCAUAGGAGAUCCAAGUCUCACAGUGCCACAGCCUCUGCCAGUCCAUCAUGGCAACCUUGCAGAGGCCAGGUCUAGCAAAGCAGGGGCAACCCUGCUAAGAGGAGACCUUCAGGGCCAUGCACGCAGCAAUCUGGACUCCCCAGCCAAUGUUACCACCCCUGUCACUGGAGAAAAGCAGGCCAGCUGGGAGCCCCACUCCACCCUUCUCUCCGUCCCCCACCCUCCUCUGCCUUCCACAUACCGUAAAUCAUCAAGCCCUGGGUCUGGGAGGAGUGCUGCUUGAGGUAAGGGGGACAAGGGCCUGGGAAGAAGGGGGCUCUGAGAGUGGUGGAGAGCAGGAGAAAAGAGGAUGAGGGUGUAGAAGGUGGGAAGGAACCCUCCAACACUAGAUAGAACAACAGAAAACAGGGAGUCAGGGAGACAGAAGAUGAAUAAAUGGACAGUGAGGAGCAGAGAAAGAUAAAUAGAAAGAUGCACAGGCAGGCAGGCUGGUCAGCCCUGUCCCCAGAACCCCCAGGAUGUGGUCAGGGGCCCUUGACAGGAAAAGUUAGAGUAGGCCAUCACUCCAGGACACUGAGAAAGGCUGACCACAUUUUUUUCCUGCCAAUCCUGACAAUCACGGGGAGGAGGCUGAAAUAUCAUGUGUAAUGAGAAGAAUGAUAAUGGGUGGGGUCCUUGAUGGGAGGAGGGUCUGUGCAUCAUCCCACAUGCAAAUGACAGGCAAAGCAAUGUGCAAAGGACUGUGGCAACUUUUUAACCAGUCAGUUGUUUGCCUGAGAAGUCAUGCCACAAGAAAUCUGUACACUUGUGUUUACACCCUGACCCUCUGGAAGUGGAGAGGUGCAAGAGGAAGCUUCCCCAGCCCCUGAGGGGUAGGCGAGAGCUAAGGCUUCAGAGAAGGGAGCCCACAGUGGCCCUCGGCUGUGUUUGAACUUGGGCAGAAGCUCGGGCUGGGUGCGUCCCUUGAGUUUGCCAGUGUGGUGUAGUGAGAUAAGCCUGGGGCACAUGGGCUGGCUAUCCUUGACUAGAAAAGACCCCCAGGGAUCUCUGGCUGCUGCCCACCAAAUACGGUCCUUCUGGGUUAGUUAAGUUGGCUCAGUUGAAUUCCAUCUGAGCUUUAUACCUGGCCAAGGGCCACCCACUGUGGCAGGUAAAGGUGGUCACACCUGGACCUCAGCUCCAGGAGUCAGAGUCAGAUACACAUUGCAGGAGGGGGACAUUCCGCUCAGAAGCACUUACCAAUACUGGACAGGAUGCUUCGAGUGCCCAAGAAUGGUGUCGAGAAAAUAAGUGCAUGGAAGCCAGAAAAGGGGCAGGUCAGUGUGGGAUGGGAGCUGGCGCAGGAGAGGGCGGGAGAGGAAGCUUUAUGACUAGGCCUCCUGUGAGGGGCUCAGGCCGGGGACCAGCAUCAGGGAGGAGGUAGAGAAAGGCCAGCAGCCACGGGGAGAGGCCUAGCAGGAGGCUCCCACUAGCAUGCCCUCUGCCACCCAGAUUUUGCCUCUUGAGGAGAAUGUGGCCUCAAGGAGCCAUCUUUGUGGCUCUUCCCCUCCUGGGGCCCAUCGUGGUCUGGCUGCUUGCCGGCCGUCAGAUGUCUGGCUGGUGUGAUGGCCCGAGGAAGCUGUCCUGGUGCCCGCCUCACAAGGUCUUGCUGCUAGUGUGGACGACCAUCUUCUCUCUCAUGGGCUAUGCAUCCUACCUGGUGUGGAAGGACCUGGGAGGGGGCUGUGGGCGGCCCCUGGCCCUGCCUCUUGGCCUCUAUGCUGUGCAGCUCACCAUCAGCUGGACCGUCCUGAUCCUCUUUUUUGCAGCCCAUGCCCCUGGUCUGGCCCUGCUCCACCUGCUGCUGCUCUUUGGGCUGGUGGUGAGCACAGCGCUGAUCUGGCACCCCAUCAACAAGCUGGCUGCCCUGCUCCUGCUGCCCUACCUGGUCUGGCUCACCGUGACUGCUUCCAUCGCCUACCGGCUGUGGAUGGACAGCCUUUGUCCAGAGCACCAGCCUCAGCCAGCGGGGAAGAAGAGUGACUGAGGCCCCAGGGCACAGGAGAGGAGAGAGGAUGCCAGGGGAGGGGUGGGAGAGACAGCAGACAGAAGCAGAUAGGUCCAUGGAGCUGGGGGCAGGGGUUUGGUGGCCAGGGACUGAUGAGUCCCUCGAGGUGACUCGCCCCAGUGCAGCCACUGUCCUGGGUCCCCUAGUGCCAGUUUCCAUUGGAAUUCAGAGAAAUGGGAAAGAGGAAGGAAACUUAUUUUACAUUUAAUAAUCCUGGAUUAAUAAAUGUUAAUUUAGUAAUAUCAAUCAAUAAAAUCAUGCU